CGCAGUAUUACAGAAAUAUGGCAACAGCACCAAAAGCCAAUUAAAGAGCUGAUUCUGUCUAUUGAUUAUGAAAUAAGUUUAGAAAAACUGCUGAAAAAUUUAAAUUUGUGUGACGUUCACAAGCAAAAACUUAUUUACACUAUACUAGGUAGUAGGAAGGGUUUCACGAUCUAA